AACUUUAUGAUCUCGCCGGAGGCUGCGGAUGACUUGGCUGCGGCAGCCGCAGAAUGCAGGGAUAACGAGUGUCUUUUGCGACUUCCUGAGAUGAGGAAUCAACUUCAUCGACACAUCACGCUAUCCCACCGGCCCGCUCGUCUCCUUCGACUGUUCUCAGACAUGGUCGGAGAUUCUCUUCCUCACAGGCGAGAGGACACAGAGGAUAUCGGGAGAGGGCAGGGGAGAGAGGCUGCUGUGCAUGAAUGGAAAAGGCGAUGGCUUUCCAAUGCUCGUGCGCUCUUCGAGGAGGGCGACAGCAUUCAUGCGCUGCUUCAGAAGGAGCUCGAUCACUAUCACUGACUGUACAUUAAUUC